UUCAAAGGGUGGAGAGGGUCUGAGGAAAGUAUCAAUUUAUGCAGUUUCCAAAAAUACUGAAGAGUGUAAAUUGUGUAGUAGUUUAGCUGGUAUGGCAAGGGCUGCCAGGUUCUGCAUUCCUCUUAUCGCCCAUGUUAUGUUCACUCCAAGGUCUGUAAUUGCACUUCCAUUACGAAUGCCUGUCACAAACCCUUUCUACAAGAUGGCAAUGAUCGAAGCAUUUUUAGCCUCGUAUAUCAACUAUUUCGUGACAUUUUCAAAUGUUGGCUCCACAAUUUCAGAAGUAAUACUGUAAUUGUACAAGCUGUAAUGUCUCUCUCACCCGCGUAUACUUCAGGGCUGGCAGCCCUGUAAAAAAUAAAAAAAGAAGAGACACUUCGACAGCAAGUUUCCCUUUUUGACAUGUGUUGAAAGGUUAAAAAAAAAUCUAGAUAAAUAAAUUAUUCGAAAGUUCUUUUAUCUGCAGUUUUAUCAAAUCGGGCUUCCUGUGUUUUUCUAAUCUUCGUUUCCUAUUGGUUAGAUUCAAACUGAUGGUACGAUCUGAUUGGUCGACUCAAUAACCGUGGUAUUUUCAAAAAUUCACAUGUGAUGAUCGAAAGAUCAGAACGAGUUGUUCGAAGCUGAUUGAAGAUCUUCUGUGUUUUUUACCCGUCUUUUUUAUUUUUUAUUUUUUAUCGCUAAGUUUCAUCGAUGUGUAGGAAAAACUAAAUCUAGACAUGGAUGAGUCUAGUGUUAUUUCCUCGAUCCACAAGGAAAAUAUCGUUCCUAAUUUAUCGCUUCUCUCCGAGACGCUGAAGUCGUCGUUGCCUUCAUCAGUGAAGAGCAAGAGAGGCCAAUGGUAUAGUCCUUGUAAUUCCCCACGACCUAAGCAGCCAAACUCACCCGAUGAUUACCUCCCGAUACUAAAACUAACGCACUUUGAGAAGACUCCAAGAGUGUUGUUCAACAGUGUCAAGCUUGGAUCUUCAAAGACGGAAGAACUAGUGGUUUGGAAUCCAAAUCCAACACCACAAACUCUCCGUGUUGAAAAAUGUCCAAGCAAAAGUGGUUUCUCUGUAGAGUUAUCAGGAUUUCGUGAAAAUGAACUUGGAAGUUCAAUCUUGAUGAUCGAAGCUGAUGAAGAAAUCGUUUUACCAGUCAAAUGGGAGCCUAAAGAACCAGGAAAAUAUCGAGAGAUGAUCAUUUUUAAAUGGAACGAAACGCAUAGACUUCAGACUAUUUUGAUCGGAACUGCAGUAGAUCUAAAAAGCAAAAAGAAAAGGCCAUCUGUGCUUGGGCUGAGCCAGUCUCUAAACACCAUCCAAGUAAAAAAGUCCUUCAAGCGCUCAAAGUUUUCUGUUGUCACUAAAGAUGUAAAACAGAGACAAGAAAAGGCAGUGUGCAACCAUGAAUUUGAUAAAACAUUACCUGAAGUUGAAGAAGAUGUUUUAGAAGGAAGUACUGAUGAAAGGAGAGAGACUUAUGUUGUUAAGAGUGCUCCAACUGUAAGUAAAGCUAGUACUUACGAGGGACCUGAGGUUAAUAUAAGGGCUGGAGAGAAGGAUGUCGAUGUGAAUAAUUCAAAGAGCGACAAAGAAUGCAAGCAAAAUGAACCUCCAGAGAAUGGGGUAAAGAGUCAUCCAUGUGCAAGUGUUCUUACUUCUAAGAAAGAACAUGAGCUUCUACGAACUGAAGAAAAGGAUGUUGAUAUGAACAAAUUAAAGAAUAAAAAAGAAUAUGAGGAAAGAAAAGAACAAAAAGCAGCACGCGCUAAGUGGAAGACUAUUGAUACAGACAAAGGGCAAGUGUUCAAGCAAUUCAUAGAACAAAUCAGCCAGCUGGAUCGUAACAAGUUGGAUAACAAACAAGAACAAAAACCAUCUGUCAAGCCCAAAAUCUCUUCCCCGGCUGCAAAAAGAAAUGUUGAGUUAGUGAAAAAGAAGGCUGAUUAUGUAAUCACGAAAGAAGAUAAAGCUGGAGCAAAACCUGUAGCCUUUUCUGUUGAACCAACCACCAAAAAAGAAAAGCYGAAACCAAAGAAUCACCAGAAAAAAUCAAGUUUACAGACAACUAGUGCAUCUUCACCUCACAAGAAAAUCAGAAAGGUCAAACUAAAAGUCGCAUCUCGUGGUGUUGCACCCACUAAACUGAAACUUGUACGACCUCCGAAGAUUAGCAUACCACGUCACCCAAUGCCGUUUGCUGCAAAGAACAUGUAUUAUGAUGAACGGUGGAUUGACAAACAAGAAGAAGGAUUCACACGAUGGUUGAACUAUAUUCUGACUCCUCCAGAUGACUGCGAAAUAACAUCAAAGAGUAACAACAAGAAAGACCAAAGCACCAUGCUCUUAACAGGAACAAAAUCAAUGGAAUCUUCACAACCUAAAGCACCAAGUAAAGAGGAGCUGUCAAUCAAAGCUUAUACAGCCCGUCGCAAGAUGUCCCGCCUUCGUAGGUUGGCAUGUUUGCUCUACCAAUCAGAGCCAGUGAUUUGUGUCUUGAGAAAGAUUGAAGCAGAAGUAGAAGAGGGUCGAAUGGCAAUCAGACCGGACAAGAAGAUGCAUGCUGACUUGGGCAUCAAGAAUAAUGUAAUUGAGAUAAUUCUUUCUUACAAUCCUUUGUGGCUUAGGAUUGGUCUGGAGACAAUAUUUGGCGAGAUAAUGCCAAUACAAACGAACAGUGACGUCCAAGGAUUGGCCAAAUUUGUGUCUGACCGGUUACUAGGCAACCCAGACAUUGCCAGGACAUAUGCCCAUUCUUCAGUACCGGGGCUCUACCGAGAGGGAUAUGUCGAACAACUCGCCAAAUUUACGCUCAAGAAGUUUUUGUUCCUUGUUCUGUUUCUUGACCGUGCGAAACUCACGAGGCUCAUCGAUCAUGAUCCGUGUCUCUUUGUCAAAAAUGCUGAGUAUAAGUCAAGUCGAAGUCUUUUGCUGACGUUUUCGAGAGAAUAUUUGAAGGGCGAAGGUGACAUCACCAAGCAUCUUAGCUACCUCGGAUUUUCCGUUAAUCACGAACAGCGUCCAAUUGAUGAAUUUAAUUACGCUGUAACCAAUAUUGCCACAGACUUGAGAGAUGGUCUAAGACUCACGCGUGUUGUGGAGCUUUUAACACACAAUUGGCAGCUGACACAGAGUCUUCGAGUUCCCGCCAUAUCCAGGCUACAGAAAAUCCAUAAUGUUGAAGUUUUUAUGAAGGCGCUGAGAGACCGCAAUGUCCCAGUUGGAGAAGGAACAGACAGUGGUAUCAACCCACGUCACAUCGUUGAUGGACACCGAGAGAAGACACUUCAGCUACUUUGGCUCAUCAUUUUCAACUUCCAGGUAAACAUUCUGCUAAAUGAGAAGCAGCUUCAAGAGGAGAUUUCUUUUUUAGACCAGAACCAGGAGCUCCAGAACCGUCUGGACACAAUAACAGUAGAUGGGUCUAAAAUACUUGGGCUGCCUCGAAGCAAACGGGAAUCCCUCGAGAACAACAUCUAUUUCAAGUCACCUCGUCUUAGCCUCCUGUUAAAGUGGUGCAGACAUGUUUGCAAGUUGUUCGGGAUGAAGGUUGAAAACUUCACUGUUUCAUUUUCCGAUGGCCGAGCCUUAUGCUACUUGCUGCACUAUUACCACCCUAACCUACUCCCCCUGGACUCGAUAAAACAAGAGACUACUUUGACUAGAAAUCCGGGGGUACACGACAACAGUGAUAGCGAAGAAGAGGAAGGCAUCAUUACUGACUCUUGGGUCGGCAGCUACAGUCCAGGUUCUGGUAGAAACCCCGAGAUUGAGAAACUUAAGGAAAACGAAAGACAAAACUUCAAACUUCUCGCUGAAACGGUUCAAGCUCUUGGAGGUAUUCCACUGAUGGCCAAAUUUGCAGACAUGUCAAACACGAUUCCUGACGAAAAGGUGGUUAUUACUUACACGUCAUACCUCUGUGCUCGGUUGCUGGAUCUAAGAGAAGAGACAAGAGCUGCUCGUACGAUUCAAGUUGCUUGGAAGAAAUAUCUGCUGAGAAAAGAGUUAAAGAGACGAAUGGUUUUGAGUAAUGUUGUUGUUGUGGCUCAGGCAUGCGCAAGAGGUGCAAUAGUUCGUCGCAGAUUCAUCAACCUCAAGAAAGCAGCCCUCGUUAUCCAGUCAGCUAAUCGAGGAUACUCAACUCGCCAUCAAUUACAACUCCAGCACAAAGCUGCAAGAAUAAUCCAAGCAAAGUUCCGAGCCACUAGAUACAUGUGCCGCGAAAGAGCGGACUAUCUUCGCUAUAGGAAAGCAGUUGUAUCCAUGCAAGCGUGGACACGAGGACAGCAAUGUAGGAAAAUGAUGAAAAAGAUACGAGCUGCUGUUAAGAUACAAUCUAUGUGGAGAUGCCACAAGGACAGGGCGCGGUUUCUUCGAAUACAGAAGGCUAACGUGUUGUGCCAGAAGUUAUCAAAAGGAGCAAGGCAGAGGAAGAACUACUUACGAUUGAGAUGCUCUGCUGUCAUAAUUCAAAGCCAUUUCCGAGCAUUCAAGUCUGGAAAUGAAGAAAGACAAAAGUUCCAGUGCACAAGAAAUGCUGUAAUAACUAUUCAAGCAUUUUACCACGGCUAUCGAGCCAGGGUUCAAGUCAAGAAAACUCGAGCUGCUAUUGCAAUCCAGAAAAAUUUCAGGAUGUCGAAGCAACGUAGUGUCUACCUGAAGCAACGAGACGCGAUUAUAAAGAUCCAGGCUGUGACGAGAAAAUACUUGGCUCAAAAGCGUUACGCUGAACAGAAGACUGCAGCGCAAUUGAUAGAGAAUCGAUACAGAGCUUAUAGGAUUGGUCGUGAACAGAGAGAGAGCUACAAAAGGAUGAGAUGCUGUUGCGUGAAUAUACAAGCAUUGCAGCGAAGGAAUUCAGCAAGGAAGAGAUUUUUGAUGACGAAGAACUCAACCAUUAAGAUUCAAGCUUCAAUAAGAAAGGUUAUUGCUGAGUCACGCUACAGGAAACUUCGACACUCGGCUAUUAUCAUACAGCAACAGUACAGAAACUCUCUGCUGAUGAAACGAGUGCGCUCCGCUUACAUAAGACAAAAGUCUGCCGCCAUAGCUAUCCAAGCAUUCUACAGAAGACACCAAUAUAGGAAGUCUUUCUUGAAGACCAAGACGGCUGCGGUUCUAAUUCAAGCUCGUUUCCGCGGCUACCGUGAGAAAAAGAAGUUCCUCAAGCUAAAGAACUCUACUAUUGUCUUACAGAGAAGAUAUUUGGCUGCCAAGAAAGGGAGACAAGUACGUUUGAUGUACCAUAUCCAAAGAGGAGCAAUGAUAACAAUUCAGGCGGCUGUCAGGGGUUUUCUCGUACGACAGAGCAUUAAACACCAACAUUUUGCAGCGACAACUAUCCAAGCCAUGUACAGAUGUCAUGCGCAGAAAGACCACUACGACAGAAUGAAGAAAGCUUGUCUCGUCUUGCAGACUCGUUACAGAGCUGUAAGGGGUGGUAAAGUAGAGAGGUGUCGCUACCAGAAUAUACGAGCUAGUGUAUUGGUCAUCCAAGCCUAUUUUAGAGGUAUGGAGGUGAGAAAGGACAUUCGCAGGAAGCACGAAGCGGCUGUCAUAGUCCAAGCCUACUUUAGAUGCUAUGUAGAUAAGUCAAGGUACAACAAUCUAAAACAAGCCACCAUAGUCAUUCAGAGGCGUUUCAGGGCAUCACAAGAAGGGAAAGCACAGAGAGAACGUUAUGGGGUGGUACGAUCUAGUGCUAUAGUUAUUCAAUCCGCUUUAAGAGGCUAUAGAGUCAGGAGAAUGAUCUGUAUACAGACUCGUGCUGCGCUGAUCAUCCAGACUGCUUAUCGUGGCUACGCUCAAAGAUCAGCUUACCUAAGCACAAGGAAAGCGUCCAUUGCAAUCCAGUGUUGGUACAGAGCGAUUCAGAUGCGUAGAAUAGAAGAACAGAAAUACAAGACUACAAAAGCUGCUGUUCUUAAUCUGCAAGCAGCAUUCAGAGGAUACCAAGCAAGGAAACUCUACAAGAGACUCAAAGCCGUCGUAUGCCUUCAGUCUGCACUACGUGGUUAUCUUGCUCGACGUGAUGUAAGGCAAAUGAAUCAAGCUGCAGUUGGUAUUCAAGCGUACUACCGAGCAUUCUCUGCACGAAAGAAAUAUCAAGCCAUAAAACAGGCUGUUGUCAAAAUUCAAAUUUAUUACAAGGCUUUCAUGUUAGGACAAGAACAAGCUAACAAGUAUCGCGCAUUGAGAAAUGCGGCUGUCGUUAUCCAGUCCAUUUUCCGGGGACGCCAAGCGAGAAGAAAUGUCAAGCGCAUUAAGUCUGUUGUAAAAAUCCAGUCAGCCUAUCGAGGUUUUCUGGCCAGGAAUAAAUAUAUCUCGACCAGAAAGGCUAUCAUUUGUAUCCAGGCUGCCGCGCGUUGCUUCCUAGCCGUGAGAUAUUACAGAAACCUGAAGCGAGYAACGAUUUUCCUGCAACAAAAGCAUCGGGCUAAUAUGCUUCUCUUGAAGCAGUACAUGUGGUAUCACAUUCAACGCGGGGCUUGUAUUGUUAUACAAUCAGCUGUACGACGACAUUUCGCAAGAACCAAGCUCCUCGCGAUUAAAGCUGCUGCCAUCACAAUACAAAGAAGAUACAGAGCCAUGAAAAUAGGAAGAGAGCAGAAAAUAAAGUACGAAAUGUUGAGGGAUGCAGCACGCACUAUUCAGGCCUUUGCACGGGGAAUGAUAGCAAGAAAGUAUGCAAGAGAAUACCGGGCAGCACGAAAGAUCCAAGCGUCCUACAGAAUGUACGCAUCAAGAAAAUUUUACCUGGAGUAUCGACAUAAAGUUAUCCAAAUACAGAGUCUCGUUCGUAUGGUUCAAGAACGUCGACGUUACAAGGCGCUGAAAGCGGCCGCUCUCACCAUCCAGCUCCGAUAUCGAUCAGUUCUUCUGGGAAGGGCUGUACAGAGAAAUUACAGGGCAUUACAGUCUGCAACGUUGGUAAUCCAGAAGAGUUACAGAGGAUACAAAGCAAGAAAAGAGUUUGAAAGAAUUCGCGCUGCUGUGACGAUUCAAGCGACUUAUAGAAGCUAUGUAUGUUGUAAAGAAUUCUUGAACAUCAGAAGAUCUGUUGUGAUGAUUCAAGCGAAUGUACGUAGGAUGAUAGCAGUUGGACAGUUUGAAGAAAUACGCCAAGCUGUUGUUACUUUGCAGACAAGAUAUAGAGCGCAGAAGUCAAUGAAAGUGGAACGCAGCAAGUACUUGAUAGUAAAGAAUUCUGCUAUCGUGAUCCAAUCCAUGGUACGUUGUCUGCAAGCUAGAAACCACUAUAUCGCUUUAAGGAAAGCGACGAUUUGCCUCCAGAGAAAUUACAGAUUCAAUGUCGCUGCGAAAGAGCAAAGACAGGAAUAUAUAAGAUUAAAGAAUGCCGCGAUAGUCAUGCAGUCUGUGUUCAGGGGAAUCAAGGCAAGACAGCUGGUUGUCGAGAUGCGCGCUGCAAGAACCAUCCAAUCUUACUACAAGAUGUAUGUUGUUCGCAGGAACUUCUUGCUAACCAAGGAAGCAGUUGUCAAGAUUCAAGUGUAUGUGAGGAUGAGAAAAAAUAGUGUUGAAUUCACAAGGCUGAAAUCAGCUGCACUGGCUUGUCAAGCAUUUUUCCGUGCGAACAAACAAUGCAGGGAUCAAAGGGGGCAUUAUACGACCCUUCGAGAGAAAGUAAUUCUUCUGCAGUCUUUACGUAGAGGUAUGGCUGCGCGCAAACGAGUAGAUCAGAUAAAACGAGAAAGACAAGAGGCCAACGAAGCAGCUACGAAAAUACAGCGAUAUUACCGAGGAUAUCUUGAGAUGCGCUACUUUUAUCUUCGCUACCAUUGUACCCGAGGGGCAAUCAUAACGAUACAGUCAGUCUAUCGUGGAUAUGUUGCCAGGAAAUACGCACACAGGGUAAAGGCUGCACUAAAGAUACAGGCAUACUAUCGUGGUCUUGUUGCUAGGAGAUCAUACAAUCUUGCACGUGAGUCCAUCAUCAGUAUUCAAGCGUUGGUGCGGUGUCGUCAGGCACGUGUAAGCUACCUGAGAUUGAAAAAUGCCGUUGUGGUAUGCCAGCAGCGAUACAGAGCAGUGCUUAAGAUGCGCGAAGACCGACAGAACUACCAACAGACCAAGACAGCAAUAACCAAGAUCCAGGCUUAUUGGAGAGGAAAUAUGACGAGGAAAAGAUACCAACAGACAUUAAAAUCCAUUGUAACGAUUCAGUCAGUUGCGAAGAUGUACCUAGCGAGGAUGGAGUACAAGAGAAGAAGAGAGUCAGUGAUGGUUUUGCAGAAGCGAUAUCGUGCGCUAUGCCUUGGACGAGUUGUACGCAGAGAUUACGCUCAUGUUAAAAGCGCUGCACUUACCAUUCAGUCGUUUUACCGGGGAUACCAAGCGAGAAGACAUGUACAAGAAAUACGGUCAGCACAGAUACUCCAAAGGCGAUUCCGUGCGCUUUGUCUAGGCAAAGCACAGCGACAUCAGUACGUUGUUACCAAGAGGUCAGCGGUAGUUAUACAAGCUGCUUAUAGAGGCUACCAGGGAAGAAAGCAGGCGAGAUUACACAGAGCUGCGAGAAUCAUCCAGGCGAAUCUUAGAGGAUACAUUGCUAGGAAUCAAGUGAAACAAUUGAAAGAAGAACAGCGCAGACGGUUGUUAAGAUUCUCUGCCGCGGCAUAUCACCAUCUGUCAGCUGUCAAAAUACAAAGAGCUUUCAAGCAAGCACGAGCUAUAGCGUUAGCCAAGAAGCAGAUGAACUCUGUGCUUUCUAUACAAUGCUGGUGGCGAGCUACAUUACUACGUCGUCGGUUCAUCGCCAUGCGAAGAGCCUGCAUCCUCAUCCAAAGAACAGCGCGUCGUAGGCUUGAACUCAAGAAUCGAUCAGCGACUAGAAUCCAGGCUAUUGCUCGUGUGUGGCUGGCGAGGAGAACUGUUGACAAGAUGAAUACUGCGGCCCUACGCAUACAGGCAUUGUGGCGUGGAUACCAAGUUCGUCGUUGCGUGACCAGCUUGAAGAUCAAGGCAGCGCGCAGGCGCAUUAAAGCAGCAAACAAAGCAGCAACUGAGUCCAUGAAGCUAUGUAAUCGUACAAGAUCAGCACUGGAUUACCUACUGAGAUGUAAAAACUUGACUACGAUAUUUGACAUUCUUGUUAAUUUGGAGGUUGUGACGCGGUUGUCAUACGUGUGCUGUGAACAGCUCGUCAAAGAUAAAGCACUAAAAGUGGUAUUCACUGUUAUAAGAAGCUCUAACCGCAGUUUGCCUUACAUGGAAAUAUUAAAAUAUGCUUUAGCAAUUCUCGUCAACUUAGUCAAGUGCCCCACAACUUAUCGUGCAGUAUACGAAGAGCAAGACUCCAUAACCACUUUACUGGAGCUCAUUACCAUCUACAGAGAGAAGGAGCAGAUCUUCUCCAAAGCUUGUUGUCUGCUUACAAUUUUAGGACGUCGUGAUGAGAACAUUCUUAAAGAAAUGCUGAAUACUCCCAAGAUGACGGAUAAAAUCAAGAGUGCGCACUACCUUAUUACGCGCAAGUCUAAUCUCGAGAAACGAAGAAGCGUUAUCAAGGCCAAGAUGGCACGAAGCACACCUUACAAGAACGUCCCUGCCUCUACUCCCUUCAAGCACACGCCUUUUAAAUCCCACACUCCUUUCAAAGCAAGAAAAAAAUCUGAAUACGCUAUGUGGCAGGAAUAUGUGAACAAAGUGCAAGAUCCCCUUCAGGCUGUGCGAUCGCUCAUGCGGGUACUUGGUGUAGAUCACGAAGAAUCACAUUAACUGAUUAACUGAUCAAUGCAUGUGAAAACAUCAAAAACAAGCGCCUAGCGACUCUAAGGGUUUAUGGAUGUAUAGAUUUAGUUUUUCCCGUUAAAUGUUGUAUAUAUAUUGAAUAGUUAUAUUUUUAAGGCUCAUGUAAAUAACUUUGGACUUCACACGAGCCGAACCUAAUGACACCAAGAAAGACCGCUUUUUUAUCCAUUGCUUCAAUUAGAAUCGGCUCAUGUGAAGUUCGACGUUUGACCUGAGCAGAAGUCGAUUUAACGUUAAUUUUGGAGGUUUGGUUUGCGGUCAUUGCAUGGCCAUUGAUGGCAGCCAUGUUGGAUGUUCCACUCUAUAUGAAUUUUAUCCUAGCAUGUUUUGUGAAAUAUUCAAGGCAGUACAAGAUUGAUUGCCAACCAAACGCACGCUUGAUUCUUAGCUAGAAGAAAACUAAGGAAUCUUUUCCCCUCCACAACGUAAAUAGUUGUAUACUCAAGUGUCAGUUGCUAAUGAUAGUGUAAAUAUCUCGUCAGCAAAUCUUCAAGUGUAAGCGUGAUAUAGAUAGUGUAACUUGUCAUUUAGGGCGUCAAAAUACCAAUAAAUUCGCCCUGAAACACCAA